UGCCGAGGUACGUUAGUAUUUCAUUAGGUAGCAGUUUAUAAGAGAACCAUGAAGAUUAAUCAGGGCUGUUUGUUUUCUGCCUGGCCCAAUCCCUCUUCCAAUGAAUCCGUCUCACUGCCCUGGUAAUAAUGGUGGAAAUUACAUGCGUUUCUCAUAUUGGACAAAUCUCCUGUCAAUAGAGCAACAGAGCCACACUGACGGAGUCAUCAGUACUGGGCGGCACACCAUUGGCGCCAUGCUCACUGUCCAGUGGAAGAUGGAGAAAGUCAGAUCUCUUCGUCCACAAUACAAAGUUGAACUGGUGUCAAACUUGCCCAAGUUAUAACUUAUGAAUGAAGUUUCAAGAAGGAAAAGAAUCUUCUUGACAGAAGAGCUUCAACUGAAAGUUUAGCAGGGGAUAUGUUGCCGGCCAAGAUGAACUUCAGUGAUGAUUUGACUGAUGUUACAGACGAUGGCACUUUAGAUGACCUAUAUGCUUUGAUGCGACAAAACGAUGUGCCCGACUUGUACAUCCUCACAGCAGUUCUCUCCCUUCUAUUUGUUAUCGGCACUGUUGGCAACAUCAUCGUCAUCUGUGUUUUCUCCCGGAGCUUCAUCAAACACACCUCGACCUACUUCAUCCUGUUUCUGGCCAUUGUUGACCUUGUCAUCUGUAUUGCCGUCCUGCCUGGAGUCCUCGUGAAGAACUGGUCCUACCCCUUCAAACUUGACGCUGUGUGCAAAAUGUGGGAGUUUAUUCGGAUGGCGACUGUUCCAGUUUCUGCUCUGACUCUCAUGGCCAUUGGAUUUGACAGGUUCUAUCUCAUUUGUAUGGCCUCUGAAGGUCCACUGUCAACAUCUGUGGCCAAGACGACCAUUGUUGCCAUAACAGCAAUUGGAAUAAUUCUUGGGCUGCCACCUACGCUUGGAGUAGGAGUGUACCAAAAGGGUGACAAUCCAGGUAAAGUUCAAUAUCUUGGACUCUGCAUGCCAAACACGAUCCUGAUAACUGAAGAAUCACUUCAGGGUUACUGGAAAGCCAUUGUUACCAUCAUCUGUACAGUGUUCAUCGUAAUGACCAUCACAUAUUCUUUCAUCUUCAUUAAAGUCUUUAAACAGAACCGUAAAUGGAACAGUGUGAAAAAGAAUAAGGUUCACCCAGUGCAAGAAGACAUCCAGAAAGGGAGUCAAAAUCACAUCAUCAGAAGGAACUGGUGGACACGACUUCGUCACAUCGCUGGAAUCAUCCCUGCCCAAAAUGAAACUGGGAAUAUUUUUGUUGUACGUGUCCGUUCCCACCAAGUCCAACCACCUCAAGAACUGCCUUCGAACGUUUCCAACCCCGACAGUGAUGGACCAGGGCAAGGGGACUCCGGUCUUGGAUCAACUGAAAACUGUCGCGUCAGUCGCAGCACAUCUUCAAACGAGACCAACAAGCUCCAAGGUAGCUCAGACAACGUGCCCAACAGACAGCUGACAUACGGACGUCAGCGUACAGCUCACAUCAAAACAGCCAAGGUCCUGAUGAUCGUUUCGGUGGUGUACUUUAUCUCUUACUGCCCUCCGUUGCUCAUCUCAGCCGACCUCAUCCCCGACCUGCUUCCAAAUCUGCACUACCUUCUCUUCUACUCGUACUUCCUCCACAGUGCAGCCAACCCCAUCAUCUACUCAUUCAUGAACAAGAAGUUCCCGGGCAGAAGCAAGGAAACUCAUUCAGUGCAAGUCCAAAAGAAGGCGAUGGUGAUAAAUACUGUUCCUGCAUAGAUAUAUCAGUCUGAAAAGACAUGGUGCCCUUGAUCCAAUUUCAACACCACAAUAUUCAAUGACGGUCAUGUAUUUGUGUUAACUUAAUUUCCCAUCAAACCCUCCUUUCGUGGAAUGGCAGAAGCUAGGAUGCUCAUUCAGUGCAAGUCAAAAGGAGACUGUAGUGACCAGUACUGUUUCCUCCAUAGAUGGACAAGAUCUGGUACCACUGAGGCAGUUUUCCAGUCACAAUAUUCAAUGACUCAUAUAUAUUUGUGUUCAUUUAAUUUUACAUGUGAGCUUCCUUUUUUGGAAUGUCAUAAACAAGCACAACUUUA